ACUAUUUCGUAUUUUUAACUAUAUGACAGAAGCAGCUAAAAGUUAUUUGCAACAUUCGCCGUCGGUGUCGUUGGAAAAAAAGGCCUCCCGACCGUAAAAUCAUCGGCAGCAUUUCGGAAUCCCGCCAAAAAAAACCGUCGGAUGCUCCGCAAGCAUCACGGCAAAAGAUCUGCUCUGUUUAGAAAAAAAAAGUGGGAUAAAAUGCAAAAUCCUGUUGAUCGCACUCAAACGGAUAUUCGACGAACGUUUCGGGCAAUCCUUACCGGUGUGGCACAGCAAACAAACAACAUCCACCGAAAAAAGCCCACAGUGCCAAGUGAAACCCGGAACGUAGGGAAUCCGUAUGCCCGUGACGUUUUCUUCAAAAACACCAACAUCUUGGAGAUCGCGGCACAGAUUAUGGUUGGUAGAAGCGAGCGUAAAGUGAACGAUUACGCGAAUGCUCUGUAUAAUAAAUACGUAGAACAACCGGCGCAACGGAUUCGCGAUCCUUUCCAUCGGCUGAAAUUCAGCAGCCGGGAGGCGGAAGGACUGUUCCGGAUGGCGUUAAACGUGCCGUUUGAGAACGCAGAGCAAGUGCACGCCUACCACCGGAUGCUGCUUCAACACGGUAUCCGUAAAUUAUGCCUGGUAGACAUGACCCGGGGCAACAUUGUCCUCGAGGAUCAAGCAGUGGUGGUGAACAAGUUGCAAAGGCGAUUCAACUAUUGGUCCGGUAAGCUAGACAAGCUCACAGUCUAUCUGGAAGCAAGAAUAGCCAAUCGUGCGAAAUCCGGUCGAAGCGUAUUGCUGGAGCAGCUGCAGAACCACUCCACUUUCUCCAAAAUAUGGCAAGCCCUGGAGCAUUUCCAAGCUCGAAUACUUGAUGAUCUUGAACGUGCGAGCGAAGAUCGUAUAUUAGGUGAGAUUUGGAAUGAUUUUCGGUUCAACGAUGACGCGCUCAAUAGAAAGUAUAAAUUUGGCAAAUACUGUCCGACACGAACAACAUCGGUUGCGCGUUCCAGUGAGGAUGUUUCCAUACCUAACGAUGUCAUGCAUUCUGAAACGGUUCUUGCUACCCCCACAACAUCUAGAAAUUCACAAAGAGUUUUCUGUCCCCCGGAGUCUCAAACAGAGCCAGAAGAUGGAUGGGUCGCUACACAGCACGAUCAUCCGUGUCGACCAUCAGAUAGAGUCUUCUCUCACAAAGAGACCCAAACAGUGGUAGAAACUAGAUCGGUCGCUACACAACAUGAUCAUCGGUGUCGACCAGCAGAAAGAGUCUUAUCUCACAAAGAGACCCAAACAGAGCCAGCAUGCAGAUUGGUCGGAACACAGCAAAAUCAUGGUGCCAACGAGAAUAUUACGACAACAGUUAUAGCUGUAACUGCUGCUCCAGGGGACAAUGCUCCGGUAGUUCCACUCGCGGAACCGUACACGCUAGAAGAUAUCAAAGGAAAAACGAACGUAUACGAACUAUUAACCACGCUGUAUACGGACAAAUUCAAGAAAACGUUGGGUGUUUCCCAAAAGGAGCUAGCCGUUAAACGAUACUACAACUUACAUCGCAAUCUUUUCCUUGCCGGCAAGCUACCGAAUUCAUUGCGUCUACUCACGACUGAGGAACGGGAAGCACUCCAAAAUCCUUCCAACACUCAGUCUCCACUGCUGCAACAGCCCUCAUGCAGUCGGGACGGAACGGAGCAACGGAGCUCUGCUAUCGUGCAUACAGGAACAGAGCCAGCGCCAUCAAGCGCUGAACUUAAUGCAAUGUUCAACUCGCCUGCUUCUGCUGCUCCGGAAACAAUACCAUCCAGUGCUGAACUAAACCCUAUAUUCAACUCUUCUGCUUCACCUACUCCAGAAACAGUACAUUCCAGUGCUGUACUGAAUACUGUGUCAAACUCGCCUGCUUUAGCUACUACGGAAACAAUACCAUCCACUGCCGAACUGCGUACUGUGUCCAACUCUUCUGCUCCGGCUGUUUCGGAAACGAUCCCCGAAAAGCAGCCUAAGAAGAAUGUUGCUCCAGUGCGGAAAAGGCCCAUCGUAUACGAUAGUGAUCUUUCAAAUAGCGAUGAUUCUUCAAUUGUACAGUCUGCGCCUACGUGCAAACGCCAACGUGCUGUUACCUACCUAGAAGAUUCUAUCACUGGAAUAAGUGAACAGAUAAAUCGUGGCAGUCCUGCCCCCGUGUCCACCUCACAGCCGGUGGACACACAGAGCUCGCUACAAUUUGAGCCACUCGUUUGCUCCACACAGAACAUAGAUCAAGAAUUAGCCCCUUACACUCCGGGAAUUGUUACACAGAAUGAACCAGAAUCGCAGGAACCCAAUCCAUCUCCCUCUGAAGCUAAUACAACGUCAGUAACGCUUGUCCAUCUGCCUCCAGCAAUACCAACAUCGAUGAACCAAUUGCCUCCAGAAACGCCAGUGGUGGAUCUGCUCUCUUCAGAAUCGCCGACAUUGGUGAAGCAUGAACCGCAAGAACAAUUGCCCGGAAAUUAUUCCAGUUACGAGGGAUUUGUAGAGGUUGUACCGGUCGACUCUCCAGAGGUCAUAUUAAUCGAUGAUUCGACAUUAUUUACGGAAGACGACCUAAUCAUUUACGAACCUGAGGAAAUAGUCGGUCAGGAAAGGAUUAUUCCAACGAGUCCCACUAUGUCGCGUAUAAACGAACUAUUCCGUUUUCCACAGCAAAAUGCUGAUUACGCUGGUGAACCAUCAUCCGACAUCGGUACAACAGGAGUGGUUGGCCACCCCACAGAAGACGUGGAACAGCUGUGAAGCCGUCGCCGUCAUUCCGUCUAGCCACAUCAUAUACUACCGUUUUCGAGCGACCGCAGCCACACUUUGAGUUUCUGGUUCGAACCGAACUUCUUUCAUUUCGCUACACACCCUAU